UGCAUUUGGAGGGCCAAUCACUACCAAUGUUUACGUCUUAGGUUGGCGAUGGCAUGAGGAGGAUUCGAAUUCAUGAGCUUCCGGUUAGGAAGCAAACGCUCUACCAUUGAGCAAUGCGACCGGUAAUUGCGUGGUGGUGGUGGUGGUGGUGGAAGUAUAUAAAGAACCUAAAAGCCAGGAAUUAUUCGUUUACUUGCAUGACAAUCUGAGCAGUGUUUAUAUACUUCCACCUGAAGUGUGUCACAGUCUGUAUAAUGGAAUGAUAACGUGUUGUAAAGUUCUAACGAGAUACAAAUGGAGUUUAUCAUUUUGGUUCGUGGAUUUAUCAGAAUAAAGAGAAUCUUAUAUUUUCGGAAGCAAUCAACAGUUGUGAUCGAGAAGAGAGAAGGAGAAAAUUUCAAGUGUGAGAUUGUAUUUGAUGAGACUGAUAUGACAAUGGUACCAGAGCCAACUGUCAAACAGCACUCCAGCCAGCAACAUUUUCCUCUUGUAUUUUUUGACUUGGAAUCAACAGGAUUAACUAGAGAUUCUCAUAUUACACAGCUGUCGUGUGUGGUGAAGAAAAAUGUUCCACCUAUACCUUUCCAAAAAUACCUAUCACAGUAAAAGCCUCAGAAAUCACAGGAAUCGAAAUUGUCAAUGGAAAUAUGUUUAACAAAAAUAUAGAAGUCAAGCCUUUCAGCAGGAAUGGAUGCUCUGCUUAAUUUUGUUUCAAAAUUUUAAACUAAAGUAAUUCUGCAUUUACAAUGGCAGUGUAUGAAUGUCAACAAUAUACAGAAUGUUUAUUGUAUACUAUACCCAAUUUAACAUUUUCUGUUUAUGAGAGAGAGAGAGAGAGAGAGAGAGAGAGUUGCAAGAAUUGGAAAGUAACUGCAAAAAUCAUGUGCAAAUUGCAUCAGUAUUGAUGUGAACGGUGGUGAAUUUGUUCUCUGAAUUUUGAUACAUUUAAUGUACCAAAUGAAAUUAUCCUAAUAAAUUUCCAUUUCCAUUUCAAAUGAAAAUGAUUAAAUUUCCACACAA